CCGCACCACGGGUCUCCGUGGCACGUGUGGAGGGUCAGCUGGCUCUCGUUAACGCGGAGCUGCGGCGCGCGUCUUUUUUCCAGCCAGGCCGGGUUUGGUGGUGUCAGCAGCAUCGGCGGCGGCGGCGGCGGGGCUGAGGUGUGGCCUGGGGAUUCCCUCCCCCGCCCGCCCCGCCCUCUGCUCGGAGCAAUACGGCGCAGCAGCGGCCGCAGCCAGAGGGGCAGAGCUUCGACGUGCUGGAGUCGGGCCGCGAGUUUGGCAGCAGGAGGCGAGGAGGAGCGCGCGCUCCGCAGCCACAGCCGCCGCCGCCGCCGCCAGCCCUGGCGCCAGGCUCGGCCGCUGCCGCAGCAUCCCCGAGGGCGGCUCGCCUGGCCCCAGGCAGGGACGCAGCGGCAGGGAGGGACUCCCCGACGGCGGCUCCGCGGCCGCAGGGCGCUGCACAGCAGGCUCCGCGCGGGACUUCCAGGGCGCGGCAGAGCAGAGCAGCAGCGCCCUCGCUCCGCACCGGCCCAAAGGCGCCCCCUCCCCGGGCUCGACGGCGCCGCAAACCGGCAACAGCCGCUGCCUGGUGUGGAGCAAACCAGAGGAAGGAGCAGCCCUUGAGCUCCUGAGGGCCAGAACAAUGCUGAGGGAGAGGGAAGGGGAGAGGACCGGAGUGCCUGCAGGAGUCUGAAGACAGGUGAACGCCAGCAGCCGAGGGGAAAGGCGAGCUGGUCGCUGGGGAGCGCCUCUUGGCUCGGUGGAGGGGGGUCCUGGCUGCGCAGCGGCUGAGCCAUGGCUACGAAUUUCAACGACAUCGUCAAACAGGGAUACGUGAAGAUGAAAAGCAGGAAAUUGGGGAUUUACCGGCGUUGCUGGCUGGUGUUCCGGAAAUCUUCCAGCAAAGGCCCCCAGCGGCUGGAGAAAUAUCCCGAUGAGAAGUCCGUGUGUUUGCGUGGCUGUCCCAAGGUCACAGAGAUCAGCAGUGUCAAAUGCAUCACGCGGCUGCCCAAGGAGACAAAACGGCAGGCCGUGGCCAUUAUAUUUACUGACGACUCCGCCCGGACGUUCACCUGCGAAUCUGAGCUGGAGGCCGAGGAGUGGUACAAGACCUUGUCCAUCGAGUGCCUGGGAGCGCGGCUCAACGACAUCAGCCUCGGGGAGCCAGAUCUGCUCGCCCCCGGGGUGCAGUGCGAGCAAACAGAUCGCUUUAACGUCUUCCUGCUGCCCUGUCCCAACCUGGACAUCUACGGCGAAUGCAAGCUGCAGAUCACCCAUGAAAACAUUUACCUCUGGGACAUGCACAACCCCCGCGUCAAGCUCGUCUCCUGGCCCUUGUGCUCGCUGCGCCGCUACGGACGAGACGCCACACGGUUCACUUUCGAGGCUGGCCGCAGGAUGUGCGACGCCGGUGAAGGGCUGUACACCUUCCAGACCCAGGAGGGCGAGCAGAUCUACCAGAGGGUGCACAGCGCCACCCUGGCCAUUGCGGAGCAGCACAAGCGCGUCCUGCUGGAGAUGGAGAAGAACGUGAGGCUGCUGAACAAGGGCACCGAGCACUAUUCCUACCCCUGCACACCCACCACCAUGCUGCCACGCAGCGCCUACUGGCACCACAUUACUGGGUCACAAAACAUCGCCGAAUCCUCCAGCUAUGUCGGCGACACGUACUCGGGACCCCAGGCCAGCUCAGAGACUGACCUCCUGAACCGGUUCAUCCUACUGAAGCCAAAUGCUCCCAAAAGCGGAAAGAAAGACAACGACUGCAGCUCAGCCUCACAGUGACGCAGCUCUGGGUGGAAAGAGAGACGGCAAGAAAGAGACAGACCCAGUCAAGAGUCCAGCUCAGUCCCAGGGGACAGCUGCUCUGUACUGAAGAUCUUUUGUUCCGGUCCCUGCUCCCCUCCUUCUGUGAAGGGGUCUGUGGUUUGGGGACAGCUUUUCCACUGCUGGGAAGAGGGAGCAGCAUUUGCACUGAGGUCGCUCAGAGUGGAAGGUCCCAGACCCAGGAAUGGGCCCCGGGCAGGCCGAAACUUCAGCCUGGCAGACAAAAGACCUCUUGGGCUCAGUGUGAAGGCAAGAGCCUAGAGAGGAGGAGGAUGGCCAGGACUAGCUUAUAUAUUGUCGAAACAAUUUUAAGUAUAUAAUAUUGCUUAUGCAUAUUCUAUAUAUCGAGAGAUUUUUCUCACGCGAAUGCACAUUUCUUCGCCGCCGAGGCGAGAUUUUUAAAUGGUUGGUGGGGUGGGCUGGGCUGUCUGUCCCCUUUCUUCCUUUCUUCCUUUCACAGAGGCUGCAAUUCCAGGCCAAAGCGGGAGAAUGUUUAGCCACAAUAAAUCUUCCUGGAUCAUUGCUGGGAGCAGAAAGGUUAGGCUUUUCUCGUGGACAAAACUGGGUUGUUGCUGAUACAGGCCUUUCUGCGGACGAGCAGGCCCACCUCUGUCUCCGCCAGGGCAUUUGCUGCCGAUAUGAGCCAGGUCUUUUGGCGAAAGUGAGAAUAUAAAAAAGAGCAAAGUUUGCACUUCUCUGAAACAUUCACACACACACAAAUGAGUAGACCUUUGCAACAUCUCAGGAGAACCCGGUUUGUCUUUCCCGGCUGUGACUUCUGCACAAGUCUGCUCCUUCGGGCCUUCAGAGGGAGGUGCCUGCUGCCCCCACAUCCGGGCUACUGGCUCAAGACAGUCUGGGCCUUCUGGGGCCUGCGCAGGGCAGGCGGGGAGGUGUUCCUUGUGGCCGUGUGCGCGCCUGGCUGUCCCUGGCGGAUAUUUGCAAACGGUCCAUUCGCUUUCAAGCGUGGGUGCUAUGUACAGAGACGCGCGCGAGGCCCCAGAGCAAGGCAGUUUCCAGCUGGGUGUUGGGUGAGGUCAGUGGUGCACCUCGGCCAUGUUGGAGCCUGGCACUUAAAGGCCUUUGGAGGGUCCCCCGCUGCGCGUGAAGCACCAUUUUUCAACACGUAGGUUCUUGAGGGCACAAAUCACACCACCUAGGACAGAUUAAAGACUAUUUGGGGGCGGGGGGUGGGGACAGGGCAUGUGGAGGCCCUGGACUCCGGCCCCGUAAGAGCAUCCUCGUAAGAGCGCCUCUGGAUGAGGUGGCAGGCACAGGGGAGAGAGCCAUUUUCAGGCGGCCUUGUUUUCAUCGGCUUAUUAUGGCAGGGGUUCUCCGAUUGGGAUUCCCAGAUGUUGCAGUCCAACAACAUCCCCCAGGCAAUGCUGCCUCACUCCGUAGGAAGCUGCCUUAUGCUGUCAGACGUUUGGUCCAUCUGGCUCAGUAUCGCCUGCUCUGACUGGCAGCAGCUCUCCAAGGUGUCCAGCAGGGCUCUCUGCUGGCCCGGCCUGGAGAUGCUGCCAGGGAGUGAACUUGGGCCCUUCUGCUUGCAGGCAUACAGAUGCCCACAUCCCCGAAGGGGGAAAUCUAACAGCACUCACACGUAGUCACCUACAGUGUUCCCUGUAACAGGGAAUUCCAGAUGUUGUUGACUGCAACUCCCAGCAUCCCCAGCCAAAGACCGAAGCAGCUGAGGAUGAUGGGAGUUGCAGUUGUCAAUGACUGAGAUUCCCCGUUUCAGGCAACAUUGGUCACCUGUGCAGAUGCAGACCAAGGCAGACGCUGCUUAGCAGAGGGGACGCUUCAUGCUUGCUCUCACGGCUCUCCUCUCCAUCUCCCUGGUGAGAGCCAGCUCCGUUUCCAAACUGACCCUUGCAAGUGUUGAGAGCGGCGGGGAGCAACACGGAGGAGAGGCGCUUGCCAGCCACCACCUGUUGUGCCUUUUGGAAGCCUUGCAGAAGUCCGAGGGGCGGUGCUACCUGCCAGGGUCAGAAGAGAGGCUCCGGUGGCCAGGGCAGAGACGAUCUUGCUGCCGCCUGGCCUGGCCUGGCCUUGCGGAAGGGCCACCCUGAAUGCCCAUCAUUCCCAUUCAUGGUGGUUUUGGCCACACUGGCUGGAGAUGAUGGGAGUUGUAGUCCGGAAAGAGGAGAGCAGGUCUUGUGGUAGCAACCAUGACUUGUCUCCUUUGCUAAGCAGUGCCUGCCCUGCUUUGUGUUUGAAUGGGAGACUACAUGUGUGAGCACUGCAAGAUAUUCCCCUUGUGGGAUGGGGCUCCUCUGGGAAGAGCUUGUAUGCAGAAGGUUCCAAGUUCCCUCCCCGGCAGCAUCUCCUGAUCGGGCUGAGACUCCUGCCUGAAACCUUGGGAAAGCUGCUGCCAGUCUGUGUGUAGACAAUACUGAGCUGGAUGGAUCAGUGUUCUGGCUCAGCAGAAGGCAACUCCCCAUGUGCCUAUGAGAUGCUGCCGUUCAGUGCAGACAAUACUGAGCCAGACAGACCAAAGGUCUGACUCAGAAGGCAGCUUCCUGUGUUCCCGUUUUUGGGAAGCCCAGUUUGCGAACCCCUGGCUUAUAGAAAGGCUCUUGCUCUCCUCCUCUGGGAAAGCUUCCCCUGCGCCCAGAGUCGUCUCCCCACUCCUCAACCCACCAAGAUCCACCCACCAGGCAGAGCCUGCACUGACCACUCCAUCCUCGCUGGCCUCCUAAUGGGCCCUGCCCGGCUUCCCCAGAUGUUCUGCACUCAAACCUUCCUUUUGCGGGCUGGAGACCAUCAGCUGGUCACGAGGGCUCUGCUUUUCUAGCAGUCUCACCCCAGAAGCGGCUUCCCCCUCUGUCCUGAACAGCAGCAGUCUUCAAAGUGGGCAGCUGUGGGGUUGCCAGCUUUCUAACUAGCUCCUGCUCCUAUGUCUCUUGCACUUUGACAUUCACAGGCGAUAGAGGCUUCUUGAAAUACGUCGUUGCUGACGUCUGCAGAUCGAGCUGCUGCCGGAAGCACCAGAGCAGGUCAGUGGCAGCCCUGUUUUCUGUCCUCCCAGCUUGCCAUCCAAAAGGCCAGUCUCUAUCCCUGCACAAAGCUCCGUCUAUUUCCCCCGCCCCCUUCUGCCAUCGACAUCUUCAAUGCCAUUUUCCACCCGGCCAGUUAGUGAUUUGAAGAAUUGGUGGAACACACUCACAGGGCGGUUGGUUUUUUCCUAUGCCGAAAUUUUAAACAAAGCAAUUGAUUUUCUAGUUUUACUAUUUAUUGAAUACCUUUCUAGAAGGGCUAUCUUUUUAUUGUAGUACAAAACUUGGUAUUGUGUUUGUUUUGUGUUCCUUUUUUUCUUUUUACAAUAAUGCUGGAGGUACUUACGCUAUCUUGUGCUUUUUUGUGUAAAUAACUGUAUUUUGGAUCCUGUGUGUACUUGGGCAAAAGAAGACACUUCCAAGCAGUUCAGCUGCAUUAAAAAAAAAAUCCAAGAAGGGGCCAGCAUUUGUCCAAAACUGCCUUAUUCCAACUACGGUUCAAAGAUAAUUUCAGACCAAAGUUUAGUGGGGAACGAGAAACCCACAAAAUGGAUGUUCCCUGGAUAGGCUUUCCCUCUAUUCUUCACAACAAAUAUUUAUAUACCACUUUUCAGCAAAAGUUUCCAAAGCAGUUUAAGUAGAGAAAUAAUAAAUAAAUAAGAUGGAUCCCUCUCCCCAAAGGGCUCACAAUCUAAGGCCUGGAGCUUGAUCCAAAUUCCUGUGCUUGGGGGGUCCUCAAAACAGAAUCCCCAGAUGUCAUUGGGAUACAGCAGCCAUCAUCCAGUUGCAAUGGCUGUGGGUGAUGGGAGUUGUAUUCCAUGGUAAUCUGGGGGCCUAUGCCUUGUUACCGAAUAUUCCUAAGGUCACACCACAGGUCCUAAGAUUUCGAGAGCAUUUGAUUUGAUAGCGCUGUUGAUGAAUGAUGUUCCACCCCCCUGGGUGUCUGCAGAGCCGGCUUCUGUCUCCCCGCCAUUGUUUCAGAAGUUGAUUCUUCUCCUGGAGGUUUGCCAGAACUUUAGGGGUGAGCAUGGUUUGUCGAUUUCUCUCUGCUGAGAAGGCAAUUUGUGGCUGGAAAUAACAUUUUGUGAGGUUUCUUGUUUUCUCACAUGAUGAGAUCACCAUGGUGGUCUGCCCUGGGAUCCAGGGGUCUCAAACUCAGGCCCUCAGAUGACCAUGGACUACAACUCCCAUCAUCCACAGCCAUUGCAACUGGGUGGUGGUUUCAUGAGGUGGUUGCCCCAGUGGCAGGCGACUGGGGGACCAGCAGGGCAGUGAGAUGCCGCCCUCUCCAAGUUGCCAUCAGAGCAGAUCUUCGAAACUGACCUGACCCUUGCAAGGAGCUCUGCUCUGCACACUCCUGGCAAAAUCUGCUAGAAGCAGGGCCAUAGCAAGGCCCCGGGACCAGAAGUGAGGAUGGGGCCAUGUCCCCCUCCCUGCUGCCUUCAGAGAGGUGCAAGGAGGAGAGCAAAAAGCAAGCUGCUGCCACCCAACUGGUGGGGCCUUCUCCCCCCAGGGGCCCUGCUAGGGUGCAGCCACACCUGCAGCAAGAAGCAGGAAGCUGCCUGUGGGUAACCUUCCCACCUCUCCACCCCUUGAACCACCUUCAGAACUGACCUUUGCAAGUUUUGAAAGGGAACUGGCCCCGUUUGCUGCCUUGCCUCGGCAACUGCAUUAUCGUGGGCCACCCGUUAAGAAGAAGCAAGAAAGCCCAAAUACUUACAGGUCCCCAUACACUUGGGGUGCUGAUGCUAAAUCCCAUCCAUUCAGUCAAGACACACACCAACCAUGCCUCUCUGCUUUGUAUGCCCCAUGUUCAUUUCGCCCGCCCGCCCGCCCGCCCACCCAGUAAAUGCACAAAAAUCACCUGCCCCCACCCCAGGGAAUUGCUCGUGCCAAACCUCCUCCUGAAAUCGCCUGCAGAAAAGAGAGCUGCAUUUUUGGUCCUCCUUCCACAGUGGCUGCUUUUAAGCUUCUUCAGCCAUGGGAAUGUGGUCCCCGUUCUGUUGGGUGGCAAGAAUCAAGGCUUGGUCUACAAAGAGCAUCACAACUUUGGGGACACACACACACCCCUGCAGAUGCUAGACAACAGCUCCUAUAAACCUCCAAAUAUUGGCCUCUGUGGCUGGGGAUGAUGGGAGUUGUAGUCCAAAAAAGAGCUGGAGGGCCACAGUUGUGGAGCUCUGUUCUACACACACAUGCACCUGGCAGCCCUGCUCCAACACACCAUUGCCCACAUUUAACCCUUCAGAGGUGCCCUGUGGAGGCUUAGGACUCACAAACCAACCCCCAUGUAGCCGGGCUUAUGCAUGCAGCAAGGAGGUGAUGGAUUCUUGCAGUGAACUGUAUUAUUUGAGGUGGAUGGUGGUUAUUUACUGUAUUUACCUAAAUCCAGGAUUAGGUCUCCCCCCCCGCCCCGCCCAAGUUCUUUGAUGUUAGAAAUCAGGAGGUCAGCUUAAAUUCAGUCCCCUUCCUUUUGAGUAAAUUAUAGGUAUAACUUGUAUUUAACCUUUGAAUUUAAGAUAAGCUCCUUUAAAAUAGAAUCUUGCAUUUGGGUAGAUAUGGGUAUGCUUCUCUAUGUAAACAACUCCCUGCAAGCAGAAACAGUACAGCAGGGAGCAGCUGAGCCUUUCUCUCUCACUUUCUAUUUGCAGUGAGUGAGAGCGAGUGAGAGAUCGUGCACAAACAUAGGGGAAUAAUUUUUUUAAAAGGGAUCCUCCCACCUCUCAUCUGAAAUGGUAGAGCCCAUUUUCAUGGAAGCAAAAUUAUGGAUCUCUGCCACUGUUUGUUCAUGGGUCUUUUGGGAAAAUAGGUGGAUUUGUUUGGGCUCUGACAAUUUCCCACCACUGGACCUGCUAUUAGGCAUCAAGUUGUUGGUGGUUUAAAUUAUUGUGCUGAUUUCUGCUAAAGAGAAGAGGGGAGAGAACUAUUUUUAGGCUGUUCCUCUACUAGUAUAAGCACUUCUGUGGAAAGAGGGGGAAACAGAUGACAUAAAAGCCUUGGAGUUAUAAGUUUUGUGCGUUGUUUUUUUUUUUUUUAAGUCCUACACCAUCUCAGGAGUCUGCAAACUGCAUAGAUUUGAGUAUAUGGUGAAUUAAGUCAUUCUCUAAUACAAGAGUUCCCAACCUGGGUGUACCCAGAUUGAUGGACUACAACUCCCAUCAUCCCCUGCCAGAAUGGCUUUGGGCAUUCUGGCAAGGGGUGAUGUGGGUCAUAGUCCAACAGCAGCUGGGACCCUCAGGUUGGAAGUCCCUGCUACGUGUACAUAUAGCAAGUACAGAUAAAAACAGAUAUUCCAGGUGAAGUUGAUACAAAGAAUAUGACCUCAGGUUGGGAUAGGUAAAAGCUUGGACAGCAACUCAUCAACACAAGGCUGGCCCCAGAGUAGAGGAUGCCCAGAGGGGUUUAAACUGUGAUGUGGAGGGGCUUUUAAAGGGUUUGCCCAGAAAGAUUGGUUUCUGCUUUUUUAAUUAUUAAAAAAUGGAACUGCUCGGUCAAUAAACAUUACUCACUAUUCCA